UACGUCACAAAAGCAACAUGGCGAACAUUCGAUGUGUCAAGGGUAUGGUUGGCCUGGUGACGGGCGGUGCGUCCGGUUUGGGUCGGGCCACCGUGGAGCGUCUGCUGAAGAACGGAGCGUCCGCUGUGAUCCUGGACCUGCCCUCCUCUGACGGACCGGCUCUGGCAGCCAGUCUGGGAGAACGCUGUGCCUUCGCCCCCGCAGACGUGACGUCGGAGGCAGACGUGCAGGCGGCCGUGUCGCUGGCCAGAGAGAAGUUUGGGAAGUUGGACUUGGCGGUGAACUGCGCCGGCAUCGCCGUAGCUGUCAAAACCUACAACUUCAAGAAAGACGUGCCUCACAGCCUGGAGGACUUCCAGCGCGUUAUCAACGUGAACAUCGCAGGAACCUUUAACGUGAUCCGCCUCGCCGUGGGCGCGAUGGGGAAGAACGAGCCGGAUGCUGAUGGACACAGAGGAUGCAUCAUCAACACUGCCAGUGUGGCUGCUUUUGAUGGACAGGUCGGCCAAGCAGCGUACUCAGCCUCUAAAGGAGGAAUUGUUGGAAUGACUCUUCCAAUCGCGAGAGAUCUGGCACCUAUGGGCAUCAGGGUCGUCACCAUAGCGCCCGGUCUGUUCUCCACUCCUCUCCUGGCUGGUCUCCCGGAGAAGGUGCAAUCCUUUCUCGCCCGCCAGGUGCCCUUCCCCUCGCGCCUGGGAGACCCCGCUGAGUUCGCCCACCUGGUGACAUCACUGGCGGAGAACCCCAUGAUUAACGGAGAGGUCAUCAGACUGGACGGAGGCAUUCGCAUGCAGCCUUGAGACAAAGUGUGUGUGUGUAUAUGUGUGUAUGUGUAUCGAUCAUAAACUGCCUCCAUUUUAAGAAGAAAUGUUGAACUUCUUUGUGUCUGAAUGUGUGUGUUUGCGUAGAAAGUCGUGUACAGUAAACAUAAAAACUGUUAUCGAUCACAAACGCCACCAAAUCAACUGACUGUGUGUGAGACUGUGAGAGAGAAAGAGUGUGAAAGUGAAACUCAUUAAUAACUUUGCAGUACUUUAAGCGACCCACUUUGCUUGUUUUGUAAACUAAUCCAAAUUACAAUAAACCUCAACUGAGUCUA